UUUAUCACACUAUUCUUAUGGGCAUUUGUUACCGUGCGAUUCGUGCCUGCAAUUGACGAUCAAAAUAAAGAAUUACUCGUUCCCGCCAAUUGUUAGCGGGAUGCCACGUGUCUCAUUCCAUCGCCAAGCUCAAAACUGUGAGCCACAUAAUAUCAAACAGAACCAAAGCUCCCUCACUCACUCGUUGCCCCUCCUCUUCUCCGAUGGCUGUCAAAGUCGCAGGCUUUCAUAUUUCCCCAAAUUCUGCAUUUUCACUCCCUCCAUCUUCCGUUCCUCUCCCUUCUCCCAACCAUCUUAUUAUCAAAUCCUCUCUUAUUCCCAGAGACAGGUUCGUUGUUCGCUCUUCUCAAGUUCAACAGCAAGAAGAACAGAUCCCCUUCACAGAACCUGAAAGCUCACUCAUUGAUGCCCUUAUUGGUAUUCAAGGACGAGGGCGUUCUGCUUCUCCUCAGCAGCUCGAUGCCGUCCAGCGGGCAGUGCAGGUCCUCGAAGGUUCAGACGGUGUGCCCGAUCCGACAAACUCCGGUUUAAUUGAAGGCCGAUGGCAACUAAUGUUCACCACGAGACCAGGAACAGCAUCUCCAAUUCAGAGAACAUUUGUUGUUGACUUUUUUAGCGUAUUUCAAGAGGUUUAUCUUCGAACAAGUGAUCCACGGGUAUCCAAUAUUGUAAAAUUCUCUGAUGCCAUAGGUGAGCUUAAAGUGGAGGCUGCCGCUUCAAUUGAAAAUGGGAAAAGAAUCCUCUUUAAGUUUGAUAGAGCAGCCUUUUCUUUUAAAUUUCUUCCAUUUAAGGUACCAUAUCCAGUCCCAUUUAAGCUACUUGGAGAUGAAGCAAAGGGUUGGUUAGAUACCACCUACUUGUCCCAUUCAGGAAAUCUCCGUAUCUCAAGAGGAAAUAAGGGAACUACAUUUGUGUUGCAGAAGAACACUGAACCUAGGCAGAGGUUAUUAUCAGCCAUUUCCUCUGGGCUAGGCGUUCAAGAGGCAAUAGAUGAGCUUAUUUCUUUUAGUCAAACUACUCGUAAUGAGGAAACAGAAUUGCAAGAAGGAGAGUGGUUGAUGAUAUGGAGUUCACAGAAUGAGACAGAUAGCUGGUUAGAGAAUGCUGCCAAUGGUCUUAUGGGCAAGCAGAUUAUCAGGAAUAAUGGACGGAUCAAGUUUGUCGUCAACAUCUUGCCUGGAUUCAAGUUCUCUAUGAACGGAAAUUAUAACAAGUCUGGCUCCAAAAUGUAUGAAGUUACAAUGGACGAUGCAGCUAUAAUUGGUGGUCCAUUUGGAUAUCCCGUAGGAUUGGAGACUAGGUUCGUCCUGGAGCUUCUAUAUAACGAUGAGAAGAUCAGAAUUAGCCGAGGGUUCAAGAAAUUCCUUUUCGUGCACAUACGCGUAGAUGGAUCAACUGGCAAUUGAAUUAAGAAAAGAGCUAACUGAACGUAAUGAUCAUUUUUUAAAUAUUUCCCAUAGUAUAUAACAAAACAUGCAUUUGAUCCUUGGAGAAACCAUUUUGAGGCUGAUUGUCAAUUUGUCAGUUAAAGAUCUGAGACCACUUGUGUAUUUAUGAGGACUGCAGAUCGUUACAGGUCAAAUACAUGACAUGGAAUGUUCAAUUCUGGAGUUUUAAUGCUACAACCCGUUUGGGGUUUACAAAAGAUUGGAUUUCUUUUCUAA